CAUCCCACUACACAGCAGGAGGAUCAGGGUCAACCUUGGCUACACAGGGAGUCUGAGGACAGCAUGGGCUACAAGAAACCCUCUCUCAAAACCAAACAAGGCCUGGCAGUACUAGUGCACUUGGGAGGCAGAGGUCCCCAGUCCCUCACAUGCUGCUACCAUGGUGUCUCUCUUCUCUGGCCGCAUCUUGAUCAGGAACAACAGCGACCAGGAUGAAGUGGAGACAGAGGCAGAGCUGAGCCGCCGGUUAGAGAAUCGUCUUGUGCUACUGUUCUUCGGUGCUGGGGCCUGUCCCCAGUGCCAGGCCUUCGCCCCAGUCCUCAAAGACUUCUUCGUGCGGCUCACUGAUGAGUUCUACGUGCUACGGGCAGCACAGCUGGCCCUGGUCUAUGUGUCCCAGGACCCUACAGAGGAGCAACAGGACCUGUUCCUCCGGGACAUGCCUGAAAAGUGGCUCUUCCUGCCGUUCCAUGAUGACCUGAGGAGAGACCUCGGGCGCCAGUUCUCCGUGCGUCAACUGCCAGCGGUCGUGGUACUCAAGCCAGGCGGGGACGUGCUGACGAGCGACGCCACGGACGAAAUCCAGCGUCUGGGACCCGCCUGCUUCGCCAACUGGCAGGAGGCGGCAGAGCUGUUGGACCGCAGCUUCCUGCAGCCGGAGGACCUGGAUGAGCCCGCGCGGCGCAGCAUCACGGAACCUCUGCGUCGUCGCAAGUACCGCGUAGACCGGGAUGCUGGCCGGGGGCGGGGCCGAAACGAGUGCGACUCUAGAAAUCCCCAGGGGGGCGCGGGUGCAGGGACGGAGCUCUGGUGAUCCCCCCCGCCCCCCAGGGUACCCGGGUGCACUGGUGGAACUUUGGUGACCUCCAGGGGAACUCGGGUGUAGGGGCAAGGCUCGGAUUAUUCUUUUCCUCUUCCAAGUUCACUAUGUUCCCUAGACAGCAACCCAGGCUGGCCUUGAACUCACCAUUCUCCUGCCUCAGCGUAAAAGUAGCUGGAAUGACAGCCAAAGAGAGACAAGAGUUUUCUCUUCCAGGUCUCCUCUAGUCCUUGAAAGAACGUGGAUUCCCACGAACAGAUACCCUCAGGAAUAUACCCAGGUCUUAGUGCAUGCUAAGCACUAAGAACCCAUAGAACACCAGACUCAAAACUCCCAUCCAAAACAAAAGAAACAAAAACAGUCUUGCCAGGAGCACUUUGUGGUGCACCUAUUACUCAGCGCUCUGGGCGCAGGAGAGGGCCAGCAAGUUGAUUCUGUGCAGAAAGACGCUUGCUGUCAAGACUGACAACCCGAGUUCAAGUCCCAGAACCCACAGAGUGGAAGAGAGAACUGACUUCCACAAAUCGUUGACCUCUACAGUUAUGGUUGUAAGUACAUGCACACACAGUGACAAAUGAGUAUAUCUAACAAAAAUAGUAGGGGUUUGUUUUGUUUUAUUUCAUGACAGGGUCUCUGUAUAGCCCUGGCUGUCCUCGAAUUUGUUUUUGUAUACCAGGUUGGCCGUCAAACUCAGACUCCCCUGCCUCUGCCUUCCCAGUGCUGGGAUUAAAGGCAUGCACCACCACCGCCUACAAAACAAAAAAAAAGAAAAGAAAGAGGUAUGUGUGCAGAAGGAUCCAGAGGUCAAGGCGGUUUUUCGCCACGUAGUGAGAGCUCUAGGUCGGCCGCGGCAAGGUGAGAUCUCGAUCUAAGCCAUUGAUUGAUUGACUGCCUCCGAGACUUCCAGACUUGUUUAUUUCAAGCACCCAAGCGGGUGGGAUGUUUUCGCUUUGCCCGCGGCGUCCCCUGGCGGCCCAAUCGGGAUAGUGCGUGAGAAUGAGAUUAAAAACCUGCCCCAAGCAUGUCCACGGAAGAGGGCAAACCUGACUUUCUGGGUCUAGAAUCUGACUAAAUGGGGUAAGAAGGCUGUGAGCCAGGGGAGUCAGACCCUGCCAACAUCUCGUCCGCCUCCGUUCUCAACGUGGAGUAGUGGGGGAAACUGAGGUUCAAGACUGAAUACAUUUUUUUUGUGGGGUGAGGCUUUAUUUAAAUCACUGUGGGGAAGCCUGGACAGAGGGUGCAGGCGGGCAGGAUCCCCCUCCCCCCUCCCCUUCCUUAUGGGUGUUCCCCUCCCAACCCUCCCCCCAUUGCCGCCCUCCCCCCAUAGUCUAGUUCACUGGGGGUUCAGUCUUAGCAGGACCCAGGGCUUCCCCUUCCACUGGUGCUCUUACUAGGAUAUUCAUUGCUACCUAUGGGGUCAGAGUCCACGGUCAGUCCAUGUAUAGUCUUUAGGUAGUGGCUUAGUCCCUGGAAGCUCUGGUUGCUUGACAUUGUUGUACUUUUAGGGUCUCGAGCCCCUUCAAGCUCUUCCAGUUCUUUCUCUGAUUCCUUCACGGGGGUCCUAUUCUCAGUUCAGUGGUUUGCUGCUGGCAUUCGCCUCUGUAUUUGCUGUAUUCUGGCUGUGUCUCUCAGGAGCGAUCUACAUCCGGCUCCUGUCGGUCUGCACUUCUUUGCUUCAUCCAUCUUGUCUAAUUGGGUGGCUGUAUAUGUAUGGGCCACAUGUGGGGCAGGCUCUGAAUGGGUGUUCCUUCAGUCUCUGUUUUAAUCUUUGCCUCUCCCUUCCCUGCCAAGGGUAUUCUUUUUCCUCAUUUAAAGAAGGAGUGAAGCAUUCACAUUUUGAUCAUCCGUCUUGAGUUUCGUUUGUUCUAGGGAUCUAGAGUAAUUCAAGCAUUUGGGCUAAUAGCCACUUAUCAAUGAGUGCAUACCAUGUAUGUCUUUCUGUGAUUGGGUUAGCUCACUCAGGAUGAUAUUUUCCAGUUCCAACCAUUUGCCUACGAAUUUCAUAAACUCGUUGUUUUUGAUAGCUGAGUAAUAUUCCAUUGUGUAGAUGUACCACAUUUUCUGUAUCCAUUCCUCUGUUGAAGGGCAUCUGGGUUCUUUCCAGUUUCUGGCUAUUAUAAAUAAGGCUGCGAUGAA